AUGCCUCUCUCAACCGCUGUGCAAAAGAAGAUUGUGCGCUGUCUGCGCAGUUGCGAAACUGGGGGCGUGACACAAGUCGAUCUCAGCGUCAUAUCUCCCUCCCAACUUUACAAAACGUACGCGAAGGACGGGCGCGGAUGGCUGUAUACGCUCGUCGCCAUCCCUGAACGAACGCUCGAAGACUUCCUUUCUGGUUCGCUAACAUCGUCCGAUCUGUUCUCCGUCUCGAGGGUGAAGGCCGGCCAUGCCGUCCACUUCCGACGCCGACAGAGAGAGUACCGCCGAUGCGAGCGAUCCGGGUAUGCGUUCAUCUGGCUGAAGUUGUAUAGCGUGUCGAGACGAAUGCGCUUUGAGCACAUCGUUCAUACCGCUCUGGACUCGAUCGGCCAGCGGGCGAAGGUUCCGUGCAGCUGCAAAGGCUACACGCGACUGCAUCGCGAAUUUUGGAGGCUCUCUGACAUUGGAGGCUUGGCCAGCCUGAAGCACAUCGUUGGAUUGUGCGCCAAGUCUGCUGGCGAAUCACUCGCGGAUUAG